AUGGUUUCAACUUCGGGCACACUGGAAACAGCCAAACCAGACAAGAGUGACUGCCAGGCCGGACUGGCCGCAGGCCCAACCAGAGCCCCCGCGCCCCCCGCCUCGCAGGCGCCUCCCCCCACCUUGUCGCCCCUGGGGCGUGCGUGCCCUACAGUCAAUGAAAUCGACUUCCGUGUGUCCCCCUCCAGCCAGAAAGCGCGAGCGCGCGAGCCGCCGGGACACGCACCCUGCCAGCCCCGCACCCCGACCCCCGGGGCGCAGGACGCCGUCCCGCCACCGCGCACACACCCCGCCGAGACCCUGCGACAGCCGCCGCCUCUCCCCCGGGGGCCCGAGCCUCGCCCCGCACGUCGCGGCCGCGCGUGGCCGCCCCCUUCGCCCACGGCCCGCGCUCACGCCGGACCGGCACACAAUCGGCGACCCCGGGGCUGGGGCGAGGGCCGGGCGCGGGUGCCCACGGCGGGGUCUUUCUGUGUCAAUCAAGGACUCCGCGGGCUGGCAGGGGGCGAGGCCGGGGGUCGCCCCGCACGCCCCGCAGCGGCCUUGCUCUCCCACACGGACUGGCGCGCACCCGGGCGGCCUCGCUCCCGGGGGCGGGGCGCGGCGCUGCCCGCACACAGGAAGUCGGGGCGCCCCGCGGCUGAGGAGACCCAACUUGGGGCCGCUGAAACCCGCCGGCCGCCUCAGCCGCAGGGCGGCCACGGCCUCCGCCCCCGGACCCGGCAGGAGCCGCCCGGCCCGGCCUCCGCACACCCCGCAACGCCCCCGACCCCACCGCCCCAGACCCCGGAGCGCCUUUGUGCAACGCCCCGCCAGCCUCCGCGGGGACGCGCGCCCCGCCGCCUUACCGAGGACUCCGCGCGGCCUCGCGCCAGGCGGGCACCCCCCGCUCUCCGGCCAGCCCCGCCGCGCCGGGACGCCGAGGCAGCCCGCAGAGCGCUCACUCGGCGGCGGCCGCGGCCGGCGCGUCCCCGCGGGCUGCUCUCCGAGGGAGGGUAA